AUAAAUUUCAAUAUUUUGUAAGUAUAGCUCUUAGUUCUUUGGAAUAUUGUGCGUUAUUUAGAAUCCAGCAGUUGUCGCGAUCGGAAGCAUUUGGAAUCGUAACAAUUUCCUGCGUUGAAAAUUUGCUGGUAUUUUAUGUGGAAUUAAGUCGUGUCUUAGCAACGACAAAAUAAUAAAAAUCUAAUCGAAUUAAACAGUGAUUUCUUAAUCAAUUCAAAUACAUUUUUGGAUUAAUAAGAAAAAUGUUGCCCUUUCGUUGGGGCCUGCUUGGCGUGGCGCUAUUGAUCGCCUUCACACAUGGAGCAUCAAUUAAAUCUGCUGGAAAUGAUGAAAAUAUUGAAUAUAUGGAUGAAGUUCAAAGAUCCAAAAGAAGCUUUGCACGUGGUCAAACUCAAUCUCAGUACUUAAAUUUUGGACAACCUGAACUAGAUGGUAAAGCAGAAGCUGAAGCUACACAAAGUGGUUCCAGAUCUACUGUUUCUGGAACACAUGGCAUGGGACAAGCGCAAAGUCAAUUUUCAAGUGGAGACUGCAGUGGAUGUGGUGUUGGCAGUCCUGUCUAUGAAUAUUCUACUGGAUCACCCGAUCCCCUUACAUUGGGCGCAAAUGUCGUAUCUUAUUCAGAUGGUAAACCAUCAUCAAUGAUUGGAAUGCCGGGAGCAUUGCCAGGUGGUGCUUUUGACACUGGUGCUGGUGGUGUGAGUCAAGUCGGUAGACCCGGCAUAGGUGGAUCUUUUGCACCAGGACAGCCUGGAAUUGGUGGUGGUUACGCUCCAGGUGCAGGUGUUCCUGGAACUGGUGGUGCAGGACAAAUCGGAAGACCCGGCACAGGAGGUGCUUAUGCUCCCGGUACUGUAUUCGCUCCUGGUACUGGUGGUGCAGGACAAAUCGGAAGACCCGGCACAGAUGGUGCUUAUGCUCCAGGAACUGGAUUUGCUCCUGGUACUGGAUUCGCUCCUGGUACUGGAUUCGCUCCUGGUACUGGUGGUGCAGGACAAGUGGGAGCACCAGGAACAUCAUAUGGACCUGGUUAUGGACCAGCACCUGGUAGUGGUGGUAUUGGACAACAAGGAACUCCAGGAACGACAUUUGGACCAGGAUCCGGAGUUCAGCCAACAGGCGUUGGCAAACCUGGCAUGGGUGGCAUUGGACAACAAGGACAGAGACAACCACAACUGAUCGCCCCUCCCGCACUACCAGGACAAGUUCAAGGUCAACAACCUGGUACAGGUUUUGGUCCUCAAAUGCCUGGCUAUGGUCCUCAAAUGCCUGCUGGUCAACAGAUACAACCUACAGGUAAACAACAAGUUCCCCAAUAUGGAAUAGGUGGUCAACAGGUACCAACAUAUGGCAGCGACAGUCGUCAACCAACAGGUGUUGCUGGUCAACCUGGUCAACAUAUCCCAUCAUAUGGACAACAACCCGGACAACAGACUCCUGGUCAACAAAUUACACAACCCGGAACAUUCUAUAGACCAAGUUCUGGCUUUGCUCCCGGACAACAGCAAAUACCACAAUACGGUACUGAACAACAAGGCGUCGGAUAUCCACAACAACCCGGCUAUGGUCCAGGCUACGGAGGAGCAGGAAGACAACCUGGUGGAGCUGUCCAACCAGGACAACAAUUUCCGGGUACAGGUCCCCAACAAAUUAUGCAACAGCCUGCAGCAGGAACAAUUAGUAGACCCGGAGCUGGUGGAGUCCAACAAGGAGUACAAACUGGUUUUGGACAAACAACUGGCACUGGAGUUGGCAUUGGUCAACAACCUGGAGCUGGUGUUCAUCCAAGUUAUCAAACACAUCCUGGUGCAGGUUAUAGUCAACCAGGAACUGGUGUCCCAUCUGGUCAAGAAAGCAGUUAUCAACCUGGUGCUGGAUUUGGUCAACCUGGUGUAGGAGUUCAACAAGGUCGUGCUCAACCAGGUACUGGUGGAUUUGUUCAACCAGGUACUGGAGUUCAACAGGGUGGCGCUCAACCUGGAAUUGGUUUUGGUCGACCUGGAACUGGUGGACAACCUGGAGCUGGAUUUAUUCAACCAGGUACUGGAGUUCAACAAGGUCCUCUUCAACCUAGUGUUGGUUAUGUACAGCCUGGUGCUGGAGUUCAACCUGGUGCUGGCUACAGACAACCAGGAUCUGGUGUACAACCUGGUGCUGGUUUUGGGCAACAUGGCACUGGCUACGGCCAACCAGGUGCUGGCGUACAACAAGGACGCCAACCGACAGGAGGUUUUGUUCAACCAGGUGCUGGAACUCAACAGGGAGGAGUUCAACCAGGAACUGGUUUUGGUCGACCUGGAACCGGUGCACAACCUGGUGCUGGAUUUGUUCAACCCGGCACUGGUCCUCAACAAGGACGUCUUCAACCAAGUGGUACUUUUGUUCAGCCAGGAGCCGGCGCUCAACAAGGUGGUGUUCAACCAGGUGCUGGCUAUAGACAACCAGGAGCAGGUGUACAACCCGGCACUGGCUAUACUCAACAAGGAGUUGGUGGUCAACCUGGUGCUGGAUAUGGCCAACCAGGUGCUGGAAUUCAACAAGGUGCAGGCGUAUCACAAGGUGCUGGUUUCGGUCAAAGAGGAACCGGUUAUCAACCAGGAUCAGCAUUUGGCCCUCAGAUUGGUGCAGGUUUGACAAAACCUGGAUCUGGAAUGCAACAAACACCUACUGGUGUUCAACAAGGCCCUAGUUAUGUUCCUGGAUACGGACAGCAAGGCACAGGAGUUCAGCCAGGAACAGGUGUUGGCUUUGGACAACAACCACAAACAGGCCGUCAAGAAGGUGCUGGUUACCUACCAGGAACUACAUUCGGUCAACCCGGUACUGAUCAACAAGUUGGCAUGCGUCCAAGUGGAGGAUUUGUACAACCAGGUACUGGCGUGCAUCCAGGACGUGUACAACCCAGUACUGAGUAUGGUCAACCAGGAACUGGAAUUCAAACUGGUACAGGAUUCGGACAGCAAGUUACUGGUCAACCUGGAGUUGGUCAACAAGGUGGUGCUCAACCUGGAGCUGGCUUUACUCAAUAUCCUGGUGCUGGUUAUACUCAACAUGGUGAUGGUUUACAGCCCGCUGGUGGUGCACAACAAGGUACUGGUGUACAACAAGGUGUCGGAGUACAGCAAGGUGCCGGUGUACAGCAAGGAGUUGGUGUACAACAAGGUGUUGGUGUUCAGCAAGGUGCUGGUGUCCAACAAGGUACUGGUUAUGGACCAAGUUACGAUACUACUUAUGGUCAACAACCUGGAGUUGGUGGUGCUUACGAUCAAACUAGUGGUGGUCAGCCAGGUACUGUUUAUGGACAGACAAGUGAUGGUACUCAAUAUGGUCAACCUGGCUAUGGAUCACAAGGAACUGGACUUCAGCCUGGAGGUGGAUUAAGACAACCAACUGGCACUGGAUCUCAAGUACCCGGUUCAGGAGUUCAAACUGGUUAUGGUCAACCUACCGGUACCGGCGUAACACAAUACGGUCAAGGUCCACAACAAAUUGUUCAACCAGGAUCAACAUUCAUUCCAGGUGGUGUACAGCCUUCUGGAGUACAACAGGGAGUUGCAGGAUCUGGAGGUUUAGCAGCGGGUGUUGGUGGUGCUGAAGAUGCUUUCUCCCAGGCUGAAUCUUCAAUUGGUAAUGGACAAGCAGCAGCAAGUGCUCAAGGUAAAAAGAAUGGUGGCACAGCUAAAACGCAAGUGCAGGGUACUUACAGUUCAAGUGGGUCGUUCAGUGCUAGCGCUAUGACAUCAGACAGUGACCGGUCAGCAAGUUCACAAGUUACCGGAGGAGUAGAAGGUGCCAUGAGUCAGUCCCAAGGUCAAGGCGGAGCAGCUCAAUCUCAAGCACAAGUGCAAGUCAACGAAAAAACUGGAGGAACAAAGGCUUCAUCUCAAAGUGGUGGAAUAAUUCACCAAAGCCAGAGCGAGGUACAAGCCAACGAUAAAGGUGGUUUGGCUGAUGCUCAGUCAAGUGGUCCUGGACAAACAUCUUCUCAAGCCCAAAUCGGUUUUAGGCCUGGUCAAGAUGGUGAAAUUGUACGAUCUGCAGGCGGUGGACAAGCCUCAGCUCAGUCAGGUGCACAUUCCGGAAACAGCCAGUCUCAAAUUCAAGGAACAUCCAAAUAUGGCGUUUCUUAUCAUGGUGCUGCUCAAUCUGCUUCUGGUACAAAGGAACAGGUUGCAACAUAUCGUGAACAAAACAGAGAUCUCUUUAACACAAUCAGCCAAUUUGGAAACACUGAUGCGGUAACUGAUCGUGUUGAUACUGUCUACAAUCCAGCCCUUACAUCUGAAUCUGACAUUCCCGAUUUGCAAUUGAAAGCUUCCAAAACGGCUAAAGAAGUAGCAAACUCAAAUAAAUUAGAUGAUGAUUUGAACUUACCCGACGAAGAAGAUGAGGAAGAACCCUAUGAUGAAUACGAAGAUGAGGAAGAUUAUUAUAAUGAAAAUCCAGUUAAGAUGGCUUCCAAGACCGACGAUGAUAAAAACCAAGAGUCAUCAGCGUUAUAUCGCACUCACACCCAAACAUCACCCACUCAAACUCAACAAGUGGCUGUUGCCGAUCCAACCAAAAAAUAUAAUGUAGUACAAAACCAAAAUGGACGCGUCCAAACAUAUCCCUCGCGCACAACCACCGAAACUGUACCCAGUGGUUUCCGUGGCACCGUCAAUGUUGAGAAGAAAUUCCACACCAAAUCAUUAGAACCCCAUAAGACCGAAAACAAGCUAAACAUAACUGCCGAUGAAAAAUCCGAACACAAGUCACGUACUCCUGACAGUUAUGUCACCGUUACAAAAUCUGUAACUGGCAGCAUGGACAAUUCGAAGAAUCCUCCUCAAGACAGCAAGAACUUCCAGUCCACCUAUUACACCAAAUCAUCCACCUGCGGUUAUUUCACUUUCUCUUGCAACAUAGUCUAUGGUGCAAAUGGUCGCAGCAAGAUCUGUCGCCCCAAAGCACCCUCCAAUGGUAAAUGCUAGAAUUUACCAACAAUCACUAUUUUAUAUGUAGUUUUAUAUAAAUUUAAUACGAUUAAUUACAAUUUUUUUGUACCAUCAUUCGAGAUAUCAAUUAUAACUAAAUGUAAGUUGUAGUAAUUCCAUAUACGUUCCACUUCUAAUUCUAUUCUAAUGAAUUUUAUAUAUUUUUCACUUGAUUUAGUUUGAAUACAUACAUAUUUGUAAGAUUUUCGUUUUUAUUUUAAUUAUUUGAUUUUAUUUUAAAUUCAUGCUAUUUUUACAGAAGUUCUUUUUUAACAAAAGCAAUACCUAACACUGCCCACUUUGUUAAUUAUAUAUUUGUCCUAAUACAUACUACUUAAUUUACCACUAAAAACAAGAACAAUAAAAAAUGUAUAAUAAAAUUAA